AUGUUCGUCUUUGCCACCUUCUUUCUGUCAACUCGAAAACACGCGAAACAAGCACUUGAGAACACCACCGUCACGAGCAGCGCCCCCAGUUCCUGCAUGUCACCGCUAACGCCCAACACAUGUACACCCUCUCCUUCUCAUGUGGGAAAGCGAAAAGAACUCAACAAACGGCGUGGAUCCUCGGAGUCAACUUUAGUCUUUGUCCUCUCGCUAUACCCACAAGAUGUCACAACUGUAGCCAUCCUCAUUCUUUCAUGGGCCGACACAGCUGCGUUUACAUUCGACCACCUCUACGGCUUCAACACAUGCAAGCUCCCAACACACCUUCCCAUCCUCCGCCUUCCCCUCACACCGCGCAAGUCCCUCGCAGGGUUCAUUGCUGCCUCCAUCACAGGCGCCCUGAUCGCCGUCAGCUUCUGGAGUGUCGUCGCAUCGUUCCGGAAUGGAGGGCGGGACGUGACCUGGGCGCUCAAAGGUGGUGUCCGCGCCGCGGGACAACACCGGGAGCACGAGGAGAGUUUGAAGACAGGCGGUGAUGGUGACAUUGCUUAUUGA